AUGGAAAGGAUAACAGAUAAGAUUGCCGCGCUGCCGGCCGAUGGGGAGUACUUUUCUCUCGAGUUCUUCCCGCCCAAGACGGCCAUGGGCUUCUCCAAUCUGCGCGACCGAUUGCACCGCAUGGAACAGGGCCUGCGUCCGCUCUUUGUCAACGUCACCUGGGGCGCCGGUGGCUCGACGGCCGACAAGUCGCUCGAGCUGGCCGAGCUGUGCCAGCGCGAGCUCGGCAUGACGACGUGCCUGCACCUCACUUGCACUAAUAUGAGUCGCAAGCUCAUUGACAAAGCCCUCGAAGACGCCAAGGCCCUCGGCAUCCGCAACAUUCUCGCCCUACGCGGCGACCCCCCACGCACAGACGAGUACCGCACCACUGACGACGACGAGUCCGACAACGACGGCGCUGCCGACGGACAAGCCUUUGUUUGGGCCAUUGACCUGGUCAAGUACAUUCGCAAAAAGCACGGCGACUACUUUUGCGUCGGCGUCGCCGCCUACCCAGAGGGCCAUGCCGACGAGAGCCACCCGCUUGGCCAGUCACUCGCGCACGACCUACCGUAUCUGGUCGAAAAGGUGCAGGCCGGUGCCGACUUCAUCAUGACGCAGCUCUUCUUCGACAUUGAGGCGUACGACACUUUUGAGGCGACGCUGCGCGGCCACCCCAGCGGAGCCUUCCAGACCAUUCCCAUCCUCCCCGGUCUGAUGCCCAUCCAGAGCUACGCCAUGAUCAAGCGCACCGCCAAGCUUAGCCACGCCGCCAUGCCGCCCGCCCUUCUCGAUCGCCUCAACGCCGUUAAGGGCGACGAUGAGCGCGUCAAAGCCGUGGGCGUCGAUAUUCUCAGCGAGCUCGUCGAGCAGGUUCGCACUGUCAAGACCAAGACGACACCCGGCCGCCCGCGAGGCUUUCAUUUCUACACUCUGAACCUCGAAAAGGCCGUUACCUUCAUCCUUGAGCGCACGCACCUCAUCCCUGACGCGCCCGAUGAGGAGGAGGUUGUCAUUGUCGACGCUGGGCCGACGUCGGCGCCGUUCCUCCAGGUCAACGGCCACGCGAUUCCGCCGCCGCAGCGCAGCCACUCGCGGUCCUCGCGGCGCCACUCGUCUGUCGGCUCAGAUCCACACAAUCGCGUUAUCGUCGGCAGCGGUAGCGGGCGGCGAACCAACCCGGAGUGGGAGGCAACGGGCGCCGAGGCGGCCGUGCCGGCGGCAGUGUCGCAGCUCAACGCGCGCGCCAACACGCUCGCCAUCUCUGAGGGCGAGGGUGCGCUCGGCCGCGAGGCCACCUGGGAUGACUUCCCCAACGGCCGCUUCGGCGACUCGCGCUCGCCCGCCUACGGCGAGAUUGAUGGCUACGGCGUCAGCCUGCACAUGUCGGUCGCCCAGGCCGUCCGCCUCUGGGGCCAUCCGGCCAGCUCCCGCGACAUUGACGACAUGUUUGUCCGCCACGUCCGCGGCGAGCUUUCCGCCCUGCCCUGGAGCGAAGAGGAGCUGCUCGCCGAGUCGAGCACUAUCACAACGCACCUCGCCGCCCUUAACCGCCGCGGCUGGUGGACCGUCGCCUCGCAACCCGCCGUUAACAGCGUCCGCUCCACCGAUCCCACCUUUGGCUGGGGCCCUGCCAACGGCUUCGUCUUCCAAAAGGCCUUUGUUGAGUUUUUCCUCUCCUCCGCCGACUGGGCCUCUCUGAAAGACAGGCUGCAAGCGCCGGGCGUCCGCGAAGUCGUUUGCUUCUACGCCGGCAACGCCAAGGGCGACCUCGUUAGCUCGGACAACUCUGGUAGCGCGGCGGCAGCAACGGCAGCAGCCAGCACAAACGCGGUGACGUGGGGCGUCUUCCCCAGCAAGGAGAUCGUGACACCGACUAUUAUCGAAGAGGUCUCGUUCCGCGCGUGGUGUGAAGAAGCCUUUGACAUUUGGGACGAGUGGUCGCGCGUCUACGCCAAGGGCUCGCCGAGCGCGACGCUGCUGAGCGGCAUCCGCGACGACUACUGGCUGGUGAAUGUUAUUCACCACGAUUUUGUGGACCAGCAGGCUCUGUGGGAUCUGCUGCUCGCGUAG